AUGUUAUUGAUUCAAGAACGUUGUUUACCAGAAAAACUUCAAAACAGUAUAGAAUUGCUAAAUAAUUAUAAAGCCGGAAAAGUCGGAUUAAUAUCCGAUCAACAGUUAUGGGAAGCGCAAAAAAUUAAAUCAGCUAUUUUACAUCCUGAUACCGGUGAAAAAAUUUUACCACCUUUUCGAAUGAGUGGUUAUGUACCAUUUGGUUGGAUAACGGUUACUGGUAUGUUAUUACCAAAUCCAUCUUGGCUUUCAAUACUUUUUUGGCAAUGGCUUAAUCAAACACAUAAUGCUUUAGUUAAUUAUUCCAAUCGUAAUGCUACACAGGAUCAAUCAUCAUCACGAUAUCUGAAUGCUUAUUGUGCAGCUGUUUCAUCUGCUAGCAUUGUUGCAAUGGGAUUAACAUUGUUGAUAAAACGUACUGAACAGCUAAAUCCAAUCAAACGUCUUAUCAUUCAACGUUUUGUUCCAUUACCAGCUACAUCACUUGCAAGUUCGCUUAAUGUAUUAUGUAUGCGAUGGAAUGAAUUGCAAAAUGGUAUUAAUGUAUAUGAUUGUAAUCAAAAUGUAAUUGGUAUAUCUAAAAUUGCUGCUAAAAAGGUAUUUAAAUUAAUAUUUUAA